CUCAGGGAUAAAAGAAAGUAUCAGUGUGAGUGGAACCAAGCAGUUCACAGCAGAUCUGAUCAUCAGUGAAAAACAUUCCUUUUUCGGUGAUAGAGUUAAAUAGUGAUGUGAUGACAGUUCUACCAUUUUCUCAAAGUUCUGCCCUGUAGUCGUAAAAACCACGGGAAAAGGCAUUUCCUCCUCCAGAGAGAUUCCCAGACUGAUUUUUCACUACUCGGAAAUGUGGGCCCCAGGAUGACAUAUCAAGAACAACAAAAAGGACAAGGCUUUCUUGUAUGGCUUUCAAGGCAGAUGGCACCGGUCCGAGCAGUGGUCACUUGUGCAGAUCUCCUAUCUCUGCCAUUGGGCUGACGAUCUACAGUGCAGCAGUGCAAAGUGAAAGGGCACCCACGAGUUCAUUACAUAAUUCUUGGCAGCGUGAGGUCAAGUGUGUAUCUGCGCUGGGGGACAGUCGGCAGGCUCUGUCAGGCAGACCAAGGCCGUCAUGAUGAUGUUUUCACAGAGUGUGUGCUAGGGGUUGUUUGUUUGGAAAAAAACUGACCAGCUUUUUCUUCCCCUCCUCCCUCUCUUUCUUUUUACCCUUUUAAAACACUCUGGCAUAAUACUGAAUGACUUUGUUUUUAAACUGUCUUAGCCUUGCUUUGUGAAGAAAAAGCCCGAGUAUUCUUUCCCUGUAGGACACAAGUGUUAUUUUUGGAGCAGAGAUUCUUAGCCUGAUCUCUGUCUAAACCAAUUUCUGUUCCUUAUGAGGUCGUGGUCUGAGGUGGGGGGAAGCUCUGAGGGAUCUCCAUGGAGGGAAGCUUCCCAGCUUCGUGAGGGAGCCUGGGCUGAGAUGUCCAGGGGCCAUACCUGGAGUUUCACUGCUUGGGGUCUCCACACAUGGCUCCUUCGCCUUCAGAUCCCCCUUUUUUAGGCUUGUGCCCUUGGAACAGUCUCGACCCCAUGCUGUGAAGUGGUAUGAUUUUCCUGCUGAUGUCACUUCAUGGGAUGUUUUGGGUCAAGGUCACCCCCCUCAUUAAAUCGGGUACUUCAUUUUUAUUUAUUUACUUAUUUAUUUGUUGGUGAAUGUUCAUGGUAGCUUUAUUUAUUUAAUAAUCAGGUACUUCCCACCACAGAUUCCUCAGAACUAAGAAAGCCAAGGCUGGAGGAUCUUUGCAGCCUGUUGAGGGUUCCACUGACAGUGGGCGAACCUCAGCCCACUCUGAGGGCCACCACUUGGUCCCCAAGGGCCUCUGGGAACAAGUCUCAGGACUCAUAGCUCAGAGCAUCCCCUGCUGUAACCCGCUCUGUGUCAGGCUGUUAGACACAAGGAAGAAAACCUUCUCCCAGUUCCACUUGCUGACCUGUUAUUCCUAGGAGUUUACAUAGCUUGCACCUGCUGGGAAACACAUAAAAUCAGACACAGCUGAAAAUACUGCUAACAGCAACAAAUAACGUGCCACCUUAUUAGGACUCCUUUCCUUUGGAAAUUGGUAGCUGGGUGGAUUCAGGGAGCAGGUGUGUAUGAGAAAGGUCCCAUGAUGCUCAUGUAGACCCAGCAGGUGUUGCAGGCUGCUAUAGGCUUGCUGGGUGACCUGUGAUGCGCCCUUCCCUGGCCGGCUAUACAUAGCCAGCAAAGCUUCUUAGAAGAGAAACCUCUUUCCUCACCCUCCACCAGUCCCACCCGCCGACUAGAAGACUUGCUAUAAAUCCCCUGGAAGUUUCUGCAUCUUGGUUGGAACGGAAAGCAGCCAGCUAGUCCCGGGACCUGAGCGCCUCCCCGCUGCAACCCUCCAUCCUUCUUGAUCUGUGCCAGGGGAGAACGUUCGGUGCUCAGCCAUGGUCGACAUGGGGGGCCUGGACAACCUGAUCGCCAACACCGCCUACCUGCAGGCCCGGAAGACCUCCGACGCAGACAGCAAGGAGCUACAGCGUCGGCGCCGGAGCCUGAUGCUUCCCGGGCCGCAGAGCUGCGAGCAGCUCCGCCAGGCGAUGCCCGCCGACUUCAAUAGCCUAUGUGAGCAGCAGCCCAUCGGCCGCCGUCUCUUCCGGGACUUCCUAGCCACCGUGCCCGCCUACCAGGAGGCCAUGGGCUUCUUGGAGGAGGUGCAGAGCUGGGAGCUUGCGGAAGAGGGUCCCGCCAAGGGUAGCACACUGCAGGCGCUGGUGGCAACUUGUGCAGUUGUCCCAAACCCGGGGCAACCACACUCCUUCCUCAGUCCAGCUCUGGUCACCAAGUGCCAAGCGGCCACCACUGAUGAGGAGCGAGCAUCCCUGGUGGAGCAGGCCAAGGCCGAGGCCAUGGCCUUCUUACAGGACCAGCCCUUUCGAGAGUUCCUGGUCAGCCCCUUCUAUGACAAGUUUCUGCAAUGGAAAGUCUUUGAGAUGCAGCCGGUGUCAGACAAGUACUUUGAGGAGUUCCGGGUGCUGGGGAAAGGUGGUUUUGGGGAGGUAUGUGCUGUCCAGGUGAAAAACACUGGUAAGAUGUAUGCCUGUAAGAAACUGGACAAGAAGCGGCUGAAGAAGAAGAGUGGCGAGAAGAUGGCUCUCUCAGAAAAGGAAAUCUUGGAGAAGGUCAGCAGCCCUUUCGUUGUCUCUCUGGCCUAUGCGUUUGAGAGCAAGUCCCAUCUCUGCCUGGUGAUGAGCCUGAUGAACGGGGGAGACCUCAAGUUCCACAUCUACAGCGUGGGCGAGCGGGGCCUAGACAUGAACAGGGUGAUCUUCUACUCGGCCCAGAUGACGUGCGGCGUGCUGCACCUCCACUCCCUCGGCAUCGUCUACCGGGACCUGAAGCCUGAGAACGUGCUUCUCGAUGACCUCGGCAACUGCAGACUGUCUGACCUGGGGCUGGCUGUGCAGAUCCAGGAUGGCAAGCCCGUUACCCAGAGGGCUGGAACUAAUGGUUAUAUGGCUCCUGAAAUCCUAAUGGAAAAAGCAAGUUAUUCCUAUCCUGUGGACUGGUUUGCAAUGGGAUGCAGCAUUUAUGAAAUGGUCGCUGGACGAACACCAUUCAAAGAUUACAAGGAAAAAAUCAGCAAAGAGGAUUUAAAGCAAAGAACACUGAAAGAAGAGGUCAGAUUCCAACACCAAAGCUUCACAGAGGAAGCAAAAGAUAUUUGCAGACUCUUCUUGGCUAAGACACCAGAGCAACGCUUAGGAAGCAGAGAAAAGUCUGAUGAUCCCAGGAAACACCAUUUCUUCAAAACCAUCAACUUUCCUCGCCUGGAAGCCGGCCUAGUGGACCCUCCAUUUGUGCCAGACCCAUCAGUGGUUUAUGCCAAAGAUGUUGAUGAAAUCGAAGAUUUCUCUGAGGUCCGAGGAGUUGAAUUUGAUGAUAAAGAUAAGCAGUUUUUUCAAAGAUUUGCAACAGGUGCCGUCCCCAUAGCGUGGCAGGAGGAGAUUAUAGAAACUGGACUAUUUGAAGAAUUGAAUGACCCCAACAGGCCCGCAGGUUGUGGGGAGGGUAAUUCAUCCAGGUCUGGUGUGUGUUUGUUGUUAUAAGGUAUUCUCUCUACCAGACAGGCAGCAGGAGUCUCAGCUGACAUAAUCCUCAAAUGUUUCUAAUAUAUGAAAAUCUGUUGAAUGAGAACUGAUCAAUCAGGAGGGGAUUGCAACCACAGAACAGUUAAAGGACAGGUGAGCUCACCACUAAGACACACUUUCUCUCCUUCCUUCUUCCUCCCUCCCUUCCUCUCUUCCUUCCUCCCUUCUUUUGUCUUCCUUCAUAAAGAAGAGUACAAUCUCAGUUUUCACUGAGAGCUGGGAAAAGGAAUGCUCAGGUUUGUUUUGAUAAACUAAAAGCAAGAGCCCUCACCAUCAUAUCUGUGAAAAUUACUCCAAGUCCUAGGAUCAGAAAAUGGAACUUUGUGGUGUGCUCAGGAAAUGAGCAUUUGCAAUUCUUAGUAAAUAAUUGUUCUAGUUUUUCUUUGUUUAUCUUUUCUUCCCUUCAUCUUUCAUUAUUUCUUCUGCUUCUGUACUUAUAAAAAAGGGUUUUGAAGCUGGAAAUAAAUAUUCCUGAUAUUCCCCCUCCCACAUCCCCCAAAAAAGGAGUGGAUUGUAAUAUUUUGGCAAUAUUUCAGAUUACAGAAUAAUUUUUAAUUUCCUGAAAGUCUCUUUUUCAUAUUUUUGAAAUAUUCUACUCUUAUAACGUUGAAGCAUAUUAAAUGUAAAUAUACAUGA